AUGACUCCAAAUCCAAUACAAUAUAAUUUUGGUCCUCGAUCUGUCGCUACUGGCGACUUCGAUAAUGAUAAUUGGCCAGAUAUUGCUGUUGCCAAUUAUGUAGCUGAUAACAUAGGUAUUUAUUUUGGAAAUGGGGAUGGCACGAUGGGAAGUCCAGUCAUGCAUUCAACUGGUUCUGGCUCUGCUCCAUGCAUGAUCGCUGUUGGCGAUUUUGACAACGAUCAUCGACUGGACAUUGCUAUCGCAAAUUUCGGCACAAACAGCGUUCGUAUACUUCUAGGUGUCGAAAAAAGAUCUUUCGCAAGUCAAACAGUUUUGUCAACUGAAUCAUCUCGUCCUGUCUGGGUGUACAUAAUUGAUCUCAAUAACGACACAGCAUUAGAUAUUGUCACUACUAACUAUGGCACACACAGUAUAAGUGUAUUUUAUGGACAUGGAAAUGGUCACUUCUCAAAGGGAAGCACAUACUCUACGGGCUAUGAUUCUUUUUCCUCUGCGGUUGUUAGUGGCGAUUUCAACAAAGAUGGAAAGAUAGAUCUGGCGAUCGCCAAUUAUGGUACAAACACUAUAGGUAUACUCCUAGGACGUAGUAACGAUACUUUUGAACAUCAACGCAUCUUUUCAACUGGUCCUAAUUCCAAUCCAUACUCGCUUGUUGUUGGCCAUUUAAAUGAUGACAACGUGCUAGAUAUCGCUGUCACCAACUAUGGAAAUAAAAAUGUAGGUAUACUUCUGGGUCGCGAAGAUGGAACCUUUAUAAGUCCAACGACAUAUUCACUCGGCAGUGCUUCUCCGUAUGCCAUUGGCAUUGCUGACGUCAACCAAGACCAACAUAUGGAUUUAAUCAUCACCAAUAAAGGCACUGACAAUAUAGGUGUACUUCUGGGAUAUGGAGACGGCUCAUUCAGAAAUGUAAUAAUGUAUAGAACUGGAUCUUCUUCUACAGUUUCCCUUGCGAUAGACGAUUUUAAUAGAGAUAAUCGUUUAGAUAUUGUUGUUAUCAACAAUGACACAAGCACCAUAGGUAUUCUGCUUGGUUAUGCCAAUGUAUCUGUUGAAAAUCGAAUGACAUAUUCAACUGGUUCUUAUCCACAAUUUGUAGCUGUUGAUGAUUUUAACAACGAUGCCAGAAUGGAUAUCAUUGUUGUUAAUAGUAUCAGCAAUAGUCUCAGUGUAUUUCUGGGAUAUGGUAAUGGUUCAUUUACAAGUCAAGGGACAUAUUCAGCUGGUACUUUCCCAUCCUCCGUAGCUUUUGGCGAUUUUAACAAUGAUACUCGAUUGGACAUUGUCGUUGCUAAUAGUUGGAGCAACCAGCUAAGUAUACUUCUCGGAUAUGGUAAUGGCUCUUUUUCAGAUCAAACUCAAUACUUAACUGGCAUUGAUUCACAAUCUGUAGCUGUUGGUGAUUUUAACAACGACAACCGAUUGGAUAUUGUUGUUGCUAACGGUGGGAGAACCGCUGUGGGUAUACUUCUAGGAUAUGGUAAUGGCUCCUUUGCUAAUCAAAGUUCAUAUUCAAUUGGCUCUUAUUCAAAAUCUGUAGUUGUUGGUGAUUUUAAUAAUGACGCCCAAUUGGAUAUCAUCGCUGCUCAUUAUGAUUGGGAUGGCACUGUAGGUAUACUUCUCGGAUAUGGGAACGGUUCGUUUGCAAAUCAAGUGACAUAUUCGACUGGUUCUUCACCAUCCUCGAUAGCUGUUGGCGAUUUUAACAACGACACCAGCUUAGAUAUCGUCGUUGCUAAUUCUAGGGACAACACUGUCAGUGUUCUUUUGGGAUAUGGCAAUGGAUCUUUUGCUAAUCAAACAACAUAUUCCACUGGUUUUCGUUCAUACUCUGUAGCUGUUGGGGAUUUUAACAAUGACACUCGCUUGGAUAUCAUUGCUGCUCAUCAUCUUUGGGACAACAGUGUAAGCAUACUUUUCGGGUAUGGCAAUGGUUCAUUUGCAAAUCAAGUGACAUAUUUAGCUGGUACUGUACCAUCCUCGGUAGCUGUUGGCGAUUUUAACAACGACAUCCGAUCGGAUAUCGUCGUUGUUAAUCGUGAUAACAACACUAUUACUGUUCUGCUUCUGUAUGACAGAGGAGCUGUGUCAAAUGAAAUCACAUUUGCGCCUAGCGAUGGUGCUCGUUUGAGAAAUAUUGCCGUUUUCGAUUUUAAUAAUGACGACCGACUGGAUAUCGCUGUUGCCAAUUAUGGCACGAAUAAUAUAGGUGUUGCUCUUGGACAUGGAAAUGGCACUUUUGAGAACCAAAUGGUGUUCUCAUCGGGUUUAAAUUCUCAUCCUCACUCGAUCGCUUUUGGUGAUUUCAAUAAUGAUAGUCAAGUGGAUAUUGCAGUAGCGAAUCAAGGCACUAAAAAUGUUGGACUGUUGCUGAAAAACGGAAGCGUAACGUUUGAAACUCAAGAUAGCUAUGGCAACGGUUAUCUCUUCGCUCCAUCGUUUGUUGCUACUGGUGAUUUCAACAAUGAUGAACGUCCGGAAAUUGUUGUCUCAUAUGAUAACACUGACAACUUAGAUGUGCUUGUUACAUUUAAUACCGGAUCUUUUGCAAAUCCAACGACAUAUUCAACUGGCUCUUAUCCAAAAUCCGUAGCUGUUGGUGAUUUUAACAACGACAAAAGGUUGGAUAUUGUCGUUGGUAAUUCUGAGGACGACACUGUGGGUGUAUUUCUCGCAUAUGGCAAUGGCUCUUUUGCAAAUCAAAUAACAUAUUCAACUGGCUCUUAUCCAUUCUUUGUAGCUGUCGGUGACUUUAAUAACGACAGCAGAUUGGAUAUCGUCGUUGCUAAUUAUGCUGGCAACACUGUAAGUGUGCUUCUCGGAUACGGCAAUGGCUCCUUUUCAAAUCAAACUCAAUAUUCGACCGGCUUUUCUCCAAUAUCUGUAGCUGUUGGUGACUUAAACAACGACAACAUAUUGGAUAUCGUCAUUGUUAAUUAUUUGGGCGACAUUGGAACUGCCCGUCUAGGAUAUGGAAAUGGUUCUUUUGCUAAUCAAACGACAUUUUCAACUGGCUCUUAUUCAAAAUCUGUAGUUGUGGGCGAUUUUAACAAUGACACCCAAUUAGAUAUCGCUGUUGCUAAUAUUCUCAGUAACAAUCUAAGUAUACUUCUGGGAUAUGGUAAUGGCUCAUUUUCAAAUCGAGUGGCAUACUCUACUGGUUCUUCACCAUCCUCGGUAGUUGUUGGUGAUUUUAAUAACGACGCCCGAUUAGAUAUCGUCGUUACUAAUUCUGAUGACAACACUAUAAGUAUAUUUCUAGGAUAUGGAAAUGGAUCUUUUGCUAAUCAAAAGACAUAUUCAACUGGCUCUUCCCCCAAAUCUGUAGCUGUGGGUGAUUUUAACAAUGACAAUCGAUUGGAUAUCGUCAUUGUUCAUUCUAUUUGGGAUGGCACCGUAGGUGUACUUCUCGGGUAUAACAAUGAUUCAUUUGCAAAUGAAGUAACAUAUUCUGUUGGUUCUUUACCAUUGUCGGUAGCUGUCGGUGAUUUUAACAACGACAUCCGAUUGGAUAUCACCGUGGCGAAUUCUGAAGACAACAAUGUUAAUGUACUUCUCGGAUAUCACAAUGAAGGUUUUGUAAAACAAAUGACGCUUAUUACUGGCAAUAGGUCUCGACCGAGUUCGUUCGCUAUUGCAGAUUUUAACAAUGACAAUCAAACAGAUAUUGCAGUCGUUAAUUCGGGCACUGACAACAUGGGUAUUUUUCUCGGACGUGGCAAUUAUUCUUUCACAAAUCAAAUAACAUUUUUAACUGGUUCUACUCCAAUCUUUAUUACAGUUGGCGAUUUCAACAAGGAUGCGAUAGUAGAUAUCGUCGUUGUUAAUCGUGACGACGACAGCGUUGGUGUAUUUCUUGGAUGGGGUAAUGGUUCCUUUUCAAGUCAAAAGACGUUUACAACUGGCUCUAAAUCUCAACCUUAUGCGGUUGCCGUUGAAGAUUUCAAUAAUGACACUUUACUGGACAUUAUCGUCGCCAAUUAUGGAACCAAUAACGUAGGCAUAUUGCUUGGAUAUGGUAAUGGCUCAUUUGCAAGUGUUAAGAUUUUCUCAACCGGUUAUGGGUCUUUUCCAUUCAUGGUUGUCGUUGGUGAUUUUAACAAUGACGAGAGACUAGAUUUUGCAGUCGCCAACGAAGGUACUGACAAUUUAAAAAUUUUCUUACAGACUUGUUAA